UCAUCAUCAUCAUUAUCAAUGGUGAUCACAAAACGUAAACAAUCAUCAUCAUCAUGGUCAUCGACAUUGAUCGAUUUAAUUAUUUGGACAAUCGUAAUCAUCAUUUUAUUAUUAAUAACAGAAAUCAACAGUAUACAGAUAAAUCGUUUUCAAGUGCCCGAAGCGGUUGAACGUGGCCGUUCGGCCACAUUACAUUGUGACUAUUCAUUAGAUGCUCAUGAAGAAUUAUAUGCAAUCAAAUUCUAUAAGAACAAUAUUGAAUUUUUUCGUUUUGUACCAAAAGAAAAUACACCUAAACAAUCAUAUAAAUUGAUUGGCAUCUAUGUUAAUUUAAAAGCAUCGAAUUCAACACAUGUCGUAUUGAGCCAGACAAAUUUGAAUUCAGAUGGCCUAUACAUUUGUGAAAUCAGCACCGAAGGACCCAUAUUCUCUACAGUACGUAGUGAACAAUUGAUGAAAAUCUAUGUAUUACCAGAAAAAAAUAUUCAAAUACUUGGCAUUAUGGAUCAAUAUAAUUAUGGUGAAAAUAUUAGCCUUGUAUGUAAGGCUGGAAAAUCAUGGCCACCUGUUCGACUUGAAUGGCUGAUCAACAAUACACCGAUUGAUAGUAGUUAUGUUAUCAAUAUGACAAACGAACGUUCAACAUCAACAUUGGUUACAACUCGUAUUGGAUUGAAUAUUGUGGCAAAACCACAAUAUUUUAAUAACGGUAUUCUAGAGAUUAAAUGUGUUGCAACAUUAACAGUCGUAUAUGAAUAUGAAGCAAUCGAACAUUUGGUAACCGGUUCUUCGAAGAACAAAAACAAAAAAGAAUGGUCAUUAUUACCAAAUCUUCGUACACCGAUCAUUACUGGAAUGAAGAAAAAUUUUCGUCUUGAUGAAAUUCUUAAUAUUAAUUGUACGACAACGAUGAGAAAUGCCGUACUUAAAUGGUUUAUUAAUAUGAAUCAAGCAAAUGAAAGUGAUUUAAUACGUUAUGGUCGCCGUUAUGAUUCAUUAACAAUUCUUGGCCUAUGGUUACGGAUGGAUAAACGUCUUUUACAGAUGCCAGAAUUACAGCUUCGUUGUAUAUCAUAUUUUUAUAAACAGAUUAGUCAACUAAAUUCUACAUUAAAAAUUCGCACAUUUAAUAAUCGUAAUGCUGGUGCUAUAGGCAGUGAUGGUGGUAUGUGGGGAAUCGAUUCAUCUACAUCAUCAUCAUCAUUAUCAUCAAAUAUCAUGCUACAAGCUGAUAGAUGUUGGACACCACUAUUGGCCAUCAUUAUUAUUGUCCAAUUGUAUAUUUGCUUUAUUAUCCAUUUUUAGUUAUUUUUUUUGUACGUUUUUUUUCUCUUUAAUGUUAUUAUAAUAAUAAUUAUUAUA